AUGAGCCAAGGAGUGGAGGAUUGGAUGUGGCUACAGUUUACAUUAGCCCGAGAAAGUAGCCGUGCUGAGGAGGUAGCAGGUGAUGUCUUUGGCUUGCAAGAAAUCCAGAACGAUAUCUCAGAAAUCGGACAGAGGAUAUUCGUCAAAGGCCAAGAGGCGGCUGCUGGCGGCUAUGGAACUUUCUUCUUGCUGCAAAUUUUGGGCGGCAUGUUUGAACAUGCGGUCUCUUAUCUUGGAAACUAUGCACCCAUUAAUGCGGUCCAUUUCGGAAUCGCCUUGGAUUAUUAUGGUCUACUUCGCGUGUCAGAUUUUUACACCUCUGGUGAAGAGCUAUUGUCUUUUACCACCAAACAGCUUCCUCAGAUCAACUUUGCAUUCCUCAUCACUCAAUAUACCCGAGAGUUCCGGGCAGGAAAUGUUGAAGCUGCUGUUGACUAUUUCACUUUGAUCUGCCUCAAUGCGGAUCUUCCAGGCGAGCUUGGGAAAUCGCAAGCGUCCGUGUGCCACGAAGCAUUGCGAGAGUUUAUUUUGGAAACUCGGGACUUUGCCAAAUUGCUUGGAGACGUCAAAUCAGAUGGCACGAGGAUCAAAGGCGCAAUUGAACAGCGCCUGAAAUUGAUCAAACUCGAUAACCAGGAAGAGUUUCUCAAAACCAUCACGACCCAAGCUGCCGCAGUCGCCGAUGAUAAAGGCCUUACUGCUGAUGCCGUACUCUUGUAUCACUUGGCUGAAGAUUAUGAUAAUGUUAUCGUGAUCCUCAACAGGGCCCUUUCAGAUGCGGUAGCUGUGAAUCUGGGAAGCCUAGUUCACCAAGCAAAACCUAGUGCAGGACAACAAAGUGACACCACUGACGCCGGUAGCAGCUUCAGCCUCACUUCCGUGGAAGACCCUGUGGUCCUUGCACGGAAUAUGAUUGGACUCUACAAUACGAAUGCAAUGUACUAUCAACAGAUUCAUCCUACUAACCGCGAAGCAUGCGGGAUAUUGCUUCGCAUGAUGGAUGCGAAGAGAAAAGUGGAAGCGGGAAAAUGGGCUCAAGCGCUCGAUGAGCUCAAUGAUCUGCAGAUAUUACCUCUAAACGCGCGGGGAUCGCUCCCGUACAUUCGAAGCGCAACCCAGUCAUUCUCCGCGCUACCGCCGGUUAUCGCACGGAACGGUGGCCAUCUCAUCAUGUGGAGUAUCACAUGUAUCAGUCGGGAGCGCGAAAGACUACAACACGGAGUGUACGAGAAUGAUAUGCGACAAGGUCUGGCGGACCAGCUUCUGGGGAUGGCCAAAGACUUGAUGGUGUUUGCCGGUAUGAUUAGGUUAAAAUUGCUGCCUGGGGUGUAUGAAGCAUUGGCAAAAGCUGCAGGAGAUAUGUCGGUCUUGUAG